UUUACCUUCCCAACUUUUCUUAUCAUAUAUUUCCUCCCCAAAAAAAAAAAACCCUAAUCCCUCCAUUUCUUUUGAUCCUUGCAGAAACUCAUCAUAUCCCACCCGGAUUAAUUAAAGAAAUUAUGAACCCCAAGAACGAUUUAUAAAAGUUGAAGAAGGAUCAAGAGAGAAAAUAAGAAUCUAAGAUUCACUUACUAGAGAUUCUGCUUGGGGAAAAAGUUGAAAAGUAUUGCCGGUACCGCCCCGAAAAUAUAUAAGGCGGCUCUUUUAUAGGAGGGCAUUGGCAUUAAACUGCUGUUUGCAUCAGGUGAUUUUUAGCUUUAUUCGAGGCAUGGACCCUAAAUAUGGAAGUGGAACCUGUAACCAUUCUCGAACAGAUACAGUGGUUGCUGAAAAUGAAACUGAGGCCAGUUCACCAAUAACCUUUCUCGUGGAUUCUAAAAAUGAGAGUGAAAGCAGAACAAGUUCAGAUGCCAUCUUAAAUGAAAGUACUUCAGGAUCAAGUAAAAGUUCAGAACUUUCUUGUUCCAUAUUUUCAUCCUCAGAUGGUUCUUCCUCGGAUGAUUUCAUCUUAGUGAAUCCAAAAAUAGCAUCCAACUCUAUCUCAUUAGAUGUAACAUCUUCUAAAUAUUCUAGGGAUGCCAAACCUUUAUCCCAAGAUGACUACAAUGGUUUGAAUGGUAUGUUCUGUAAAUUGGAACUGAAUACAUCAACAAGCUCCGCCUCGCAGAUUUCAGACAUCUCUGAUGAAUCUUUAUUGCCAACCAUGUCAAUUACAAAAUCUCCUUCUAUCCAAAUGAUGGAAAGGCAAGGAGGCUAUGAUCCCAACAGAGUUCCGUCUUCUAUUUUUGGAAGUAAAUCGUCAACACCUAAGGAAUGGAGUGCUGCCUCUGAUGAGUCAUUGUUUAGUAUCAACGUCAGUCUUUCGAGGGAUCAUAUUCUAUUGAUGGGUGGAGAUAUCUGGAAGUCAGGGGAACUUCAUAAAUCUGGGGAACCAAAAAACAAGUGUGUAGAAUUAGACAGAUCUGAAGAAGUUAGUAAGUCCAGCAAGCUAAUUAGCUUUAGGGACUCUCCAACUGUAAAAGGAGGAAAACAUACGGAAAGGAUCUGUGAUACAGAAAAGGGUGUGGUAACAGGAAACAACCUUAUUGAAGCAGGAAGUCAACAUGAACCAAUUAAGAAAGAACUCCAUUUUGAAGAGGAAAUUAAAGUAGGACGGAACGCAGAAUAUUCAACUACCAUUGGACAUUCCAAAGGGAAUGAAGGGUUUAUAGACUCCUACACCACAAUUCACCAUUCUGAUGGGAGUGGUACAUCUUUAGCUUUUCCAGUGUGA